AUGUCAAGCAUCAUUGAGGCUUCGGCCGCUUUAAGAAAGAGAAAGAACCUGAGAAGAGGUAUUAAUUUUACCUUAAUGGUAGUUGGUGAAUCCGGAUCAGGUAGAUCAACUUUUGUCAAUACUUUGUGUGGGCAACAAGUCGUUGACGUUUCAACGUCCGUUUUGCUGCCCACAGAUAAUUCGACACAGAUCGAUUUACAACUUCGUGAAGAGACGGUGGAAUUGGAGGACGAAGAAGGUGUUAAAAUUCAACUCAACAUUAUCGAUACGCCAGGAUUUGGAAGCUCUCUGGACAACACGCAGAGUUUCAACGUCAUUUCUGACUACAUCAGACAUCAAUACGACGAGAUUUUGCUCGAAGAGAGCCGUGUCAGAAGAAAUCCUAGGUUUAAAGAUGGCAGAGUCCACUGCUGCGUCUAUCUGAUCAACGCUACAGGACACGGUCUAAAAGAAAUCGAUGUGGAGUUUAUGCGGGCGCUUGGUCCCUUAGUCAACAUCAUACCUGUUGUCAGCAAAGCGGACUCGCUCACAGUCGAAGAGCUCAAACUCAAUAAGAGACUAAUCAUGGAAGAUAUUGACUACUACAAUCUACCUAUAUACAAUUUCCCGUUCGAUGAAGGAGCCCUAUCGGAUGAGGACUACGAAACCAACAUGUUAUUACGUUCUUUGACUCCGUUUUCCAUUAUUGGAUCAAACGAACUUUACGAUUUGGGCGACGGCGCCAUGAUCAGAGGCAGAAAGUACUCCUGGGGCACUCUGGAUGUCGAAGAUUCUUCCAUCUCCGAUUUUGUUGUCUUGAGAAAUACGUUGCUCAUUUCGCAUUUGCAUGAUCUAAAGGACUACACACAUGAAGUUCUUUACGAAAGAUAUAGAACCGAGGCUCUUUCGGGGGAAAGCUUGCCACCGCUUUCUUCGGGCACCAAAGAGCAUCAGGGUUCGCCUUCGAUAUCUGCUAAGUCGUCACUACAAGGACCUGCAGAUGUGCAAUCAACGAGCUCGAAAGCACCAAACCAGGACACUUAUUUGGCACGCGAAGAGCAAAUUAGACUAGAAGAGGAAAGACUGAAGGCAUUUGAAGAACGUGUUCAGCAGGAACUCUUGCUGAAAAGACAAGAAUUACUUCAAAGAGAACAAGAGUUACGCGAAAUCGAAGACAGGUUAGAGAGAGAAGCCAAUGAGAACUCAGAAGUUAGUGUCUAG